AUGCCUGAAAGGAUCAUAUCUGACAAUGCGUUGAACUUGAACAACAACUUAAUAGCGGAAGUUUGUAGUCAGUUCAAGAUCAGACACCAUAAUUUGUCACCGUACCGCCCAAAAAUGAAUGGUGCCGUGGAAGCAGCUAACAAAAAUAUCAAGAAAAUUGUAGGGAAAAUGAUUGAAACCUACAAAGACUGGCACGAGAAAUUACCUUUCGCUCUUUUGGCAUAUCGUACCUCUGUUAGGACUUCUACUGGAGCAACACCAUUUUCUUUAGUUUAUGGGAUGGAGGCUGUUUUACCCAUAGAAGUUGAAAUCCCUUCUCUCCGAGUAUUAGCUGCAUUAAAGUUAAAUGAGGCCGAAUGGAUUCAAUCUCGAUAUGAUCAGCUAAACUUGAUAGAGGAAAAGAGGUUAAAAGCUAUUCGUCACGUUGAACUGAUUGGAGAUGACAGACCUUAUCUCUCUGAAGUUACAGUAGAGCAGAUCGCAUCCAAUCUGAUCUCCCUGGUGUUGGAGUGGAGCAGACCAAAACAAUGA